UUAGAUCCUGAAGUUUGUUCAGGCCUUGUGCUGAACUGCAUUAGCACAGAGGGAAGAGGCAGGCUAGGAAUUUCAGGGAUGACACAGAAAAGAACCAGGCAGGGGCUCUUCACAAGCUGUCCUGAGCUACCUAGGUGACACCCCUGUCACACAUACCUGUCCUGACUUGUCACAGGGCUGGCAGAGUCCUGCUUGAUCUUGUGAAAUUGGGAUGCUUAUAGCUGGAAUUAGGGGCAGGAAUAUCAGGUUUUUCAGACAGUGUAACAAGAUCCUAGCUGCUUACCCAGGACUUUGGCCCUCAGUGAGUGAAUUGGCUCAGGUUAGGUGCUACAAGGGAAAACUACAAGAGAAAAGAGUGGGAGGCAGUGUUUGGCUGGGUAAAGGAGUCCUCUCUGAGAAGCACCCCUGUAGCAGAGCUCUGAAUGAGUGAGGGGCCAGCCCCGUGACCACCUGCUUUCAGGCCUAUGUCCAGAGGUGGCCAGGCACAGAGACAGGAAAGGCUGGGUGUGUUUGGGGAACCUAAAGAAGGCUGGGUGGCUGGAGGGGAUAGAGGGCCCAGAGUGUGUAGGACUUACAAGUAUGAAGGAAGCCACUGGGGAGCUGAGCAGGGACAUAAUGGGGGUUCACUGGUGCUGUGUGGAGAAGGAGGCAUGAGGAGAGGCUUCAGGAAGCCAGCCCCAUGUUUCAGGCAGUUUAGGAUCCAGGCUCUCUAAGUGAUGGGACAUGCCUUCCAUGAGGGGCAUCUGUGGCUCCUGCAGCCUAUAGGCCCAGAAGCACAUUGUCUGGUCCCAAACACAGGAAGUGGAGGAGUGAGCAAAGGGCAGGAAAACCUUUAAUUUGGGGACCACAGGGCAGUCAUUGGUCCAUGGCACAAAUCCUGUUGGGCACAGGCGUGGACACCCCAUCCCUUGGCAGAGGAAUAAGCAUUUCUUGGUUAGUUGAGUAAAGGAUGAUGACAUUUACUGCAAUGAGGAGAACUGGGAAGAGUAGGUGGGGUGAGGGUUCUGUGAGAUCAAGUAUUGUUUGAUGGUCUGGGUUGAGACACUCAUGAGAGGUCCAUGUGGGCUUGCAUGAGCAGGGAAGCGACGGGCCCCGGUCCUCACCUCUGCCCCUUGCCUUCCCAUCCACCCCGGUGGUUCAGCACUGUGCCUUCCAGACACCUGUUCAGUUGGAUGUUCGUGGUCCUCUCUCCAAAGACAAAAGGAUUGGGGACACUCUUCUUUGUGUUGCAGAUUUUUCUGUCCCAGAGCUCUAAUACAAGCUCAGAAAAAUGAAGAGUUGGGCUUAAAGCAAGACAUUUCCAAAGAAGGAAAUUCAGAAGGCUGGAGAUUCUGCCCCGGCCAUUUUCUUUGGCACUUACCGGCUUCCAGUGGUCUUUCCUCCUUGGGGACAGAGGAAGAUGGAAAAGCCCACUGGCAAAGUAAUGAAGACACAGGCCUCAAAGGAGGAGGGAGAUUUGCAGAAGGACUCUCCCAAAGGAGAGAGAGCGUCUGGGAACAGGAAGCCAAGCGAGAGGUCCGCUUCAGCUAAGAAGCACAGAAAAGAGCCCGGCCUGAGUCCUGAGGAUGAGGAACAUAUAUUCAAUGCCUUUGAUGCUUCCUUUAAAGAUGACUUUGAGGGGGUUCCUGUAUUCAUUCCUUUUCAGAGAAAGAAACCCUAUGAAUGCAGUGAAUGUGGACGCAUCUUUAAGCACAAGACUGAUCACAUUCGCCACCAGAGAGUUCACACUGGAGAGAAGCCCUUCGGGUGUGAUCAGUGUGGGAAGACCUUUAGGCACAGCUCUGAUGUGACUAAACACCAGAGGAUCCACACCGGAGAAAAGCCCUUCAAAUGUGGUGAGUGUGGGAAAGCCUUCAACUGCGGCUCGAAUCUCCUGAAACAUCAGAAAACACACACGGGCGAGAAGCCCUAUGAAUGUAAGGAAUGUGGGAAAGCCUUUGCCUAUAGCUCGUGUCUUAUUCGCCAUCGGAAACGCCACCCACGGAGGAAGCACUGACGCGGGGCGCUGUCUGCCAGGACUCAGCACUGUGCCCGCAGGCCUACUGUGCGAUCCCACCUUGGUCAGUGCCUGGCCGAGGCCGGGGGUCUGUGAGGAAUGUACGUGAUGCACUUUUGCUCAGUUCCCCUUCAUCACUGGGAAAAUAUGCCCAGUUAGAUAAGCAAGGGUCCAAGUGCCAAAAGACCCUUAUGGUCCAGUGAACCCGUUAGGAUCAAGACACCAUGAAUGUGCGGAACCCCCCUGCAGCCAGUGUCAGACACAGUGAUGAUGAACUGCCAUCCAUGGGACAGGCUUCAGAGCCCAGCACAGCCCAUAGGAGAGGCACCUGGUGUGUGCAUAUAGCCCCAUACCUCCUGGGGUGGCCGGCACACUGGCUUAGACCCUCUGACCUGCACCUUUAAAGACUUGGUCUGCAGACUCUUGGCCCUCUGGGUCCUGAGCCCAUCCUCGCAGCCUGGCAGGAGACCUGGGGACCUGAGCUAGACAGCAGGGCAUCCAGAGUGAGCACCGGGGACCCAGGUGCCCGCUGAACUGUACCAGACUCUUGCUGUCUCCUCUGGGCUGGCUGCAAAGACAGUCCUGUGAUUUGUUCUCUGACUUCUUGGGCUGGAGCACCAGUCCUUGAACUCGGCACUCCCGUCCCCAGGAACUGGACCCCCUGUGUGUCCUCCCAGCCCAGCUAGCAUCCAAGAUGAGCAGCCUGACUUAUCAGGUGGACCACUCAGGACACAAGGUUUUCAUGGGUACAGGGUCCUCAGAGCCUAAACCCUGCCUGCCAGUGGGGGAUUCCUGUCCUGGCCACAUGGAAAGCCCCAGGAUGCUGAUGGCUGUAUCGAUCCUGUUCCUCAAACAGGAGGUGGUGUGUUCUGCCCUCCACCAGCUCUCUGUUCAGGGCAGACGGAACGGGUCCCCAGAAGUGGAAUGACAGGCAGAGAUCUUUCUGGCGAAUACCUUCCUCCAGGCUGUGCGGCAUAGGUGCCCUGUCUUCCACAGACAGCAGGCUUAUUACCCUGACCUCUCCACAGUGGGCAGGAUGUGAGAGCAGACCACCCCCAAGCACAAAGUUCCUGAUGAAAUACCCAUAAAAAGGGACCAUAGAACUAACACGAGAACCCCAUUCCCAAGCUCCGAAGAGGAACAGAGACCAAUGACAGAGAAGAGAAAGCCUCAGUGCGGGAAGAAAGGAGACCUCGCCAGCUGCAUGGGUGAGGGACAAGUGGGGACUGGGGGUGUGGGUGGCAGAGUUUACACUCAAGGUAGAUGCCUGUGGGUGGACCAGUGAGGGGGUUGCAUCUGAGGCCAGAGCAGGAGACUUGAAAACCCAGGUGCCCAUGGCCCUUUGCAGAGGUGGACCACUCACAGCGGCAGCCCUGCACGUGUCUUUGGUGCUGCCUCCUCAGCACUUGUUCCUCCCUGCAGCCAGUGGUUUGGGGGCACCUGCCAGGUAGAACCCUGCAGGCACAGAGCACCCAUUCCAAGAGUGGCUGGAGUGCCUUUCCAGAGCAUAUCCUUUGGGGUGUGCCUCGCUGCUGAGCGUGGUUCUCAUUGCAGGAGCACGUCGGGCCUGAGCAGGCUCCCGCUAGAGAGCAGGGGCCUCAGAGGACCUUGAAGGGACUCAGAUGCCUGUAGACAGCUGGGGAUGGACUUCACGCAGGCAUUCUGUGGGCCAGGCCAGCACCUGUUCCUGUUCCUGCAGCUGUGGCCUGAGGGGAACGGGGCCCUGCUUCCUCCCCUGGGACUGGAGUGUGGCCAGUGACUGGUCUCUGGUUACUCACACUGGUGAGAGCGGGAGGCUCUGGCCACCAGACUGUCACCUGAGCUUUAUUGCUAAUCACCUCUUGUCUACGCAGUUCAAGCACCAAAAUACGGUCAUUUAUUUGCUUCUGAACUAGACCCGAGGCCACUGCAGAGGAUGCGGGACAGGGCGAGUCCUGCAGUCCCUGCACUAGGGAGGAGGGCCCAUUGCUCCCAGUUCACAGGUCGUGGCGGAAGCUGGUGGCGCUGAGCACACUUAGACAUUUGCUCAUGGCAAGGGCAGGGUUCUCAGUGAGCCAGGAUGGAGGGCUGAAGCGGGUAUCUCUGAGGCCCAAGGAAGCAGGGUGGGGGCCGGAGGGGGACUGACAGGGGGCCACAGUGGGAGCAGCCAUGAAGAGGGUGAGGUGGGCUCUGGGUCUCAGGUGCAAGGACAGGGCUCUGCUCCAGCGGCAACCAGUGUCUUCAGGGGCCUCUGUGCCUGGCCAGGAGUGUGCCACCACCUAGAGUCCUCAAAAACUCCAGCCGCCUGUUCGGCAAACUGAGGAGCGGGUCUUCCUCUUGACCAAAGUCCGUGCGGAAUCCUGGCAUGGCCAUGGGGGCAGUCACCUGCAGACUCCAUAGACAUGGGUUUCCAAGGCCUGCAGAUGCCGUCCCCUCCGGGUGACACCCAGUCUGCCUCAGCCCUGCCUCAGUUAUCCACAGGAGCUCCCUGUUACCACACAUGCCCCAUGUCACUGCAGCCUGUUCACGUGGCAUUGCAGUUGGUCAGGUUGUAGUGUCCCUGUCCCUUUUGGCAUGUCUGGCUCCUGUGAUUCGGCGCACUGGCAUCCUUGCAGUCACCAGGUGGAAUGUAUGUCGCGCUCAUGCACCUGGGGGAUGGAGGGAGCCUGGCAUGCCAUGCAACUGGCGCCCUGGGGCCUGCGCUGGCAGACACUCCCCCUACACUGGUGUUUCCCACUGUUACUUUGACCAUCCAGAAAUGUCACUUCCCAACCAGUCAAAUGUGUUAAGCUUCUUGUACUUUAUGCUCACUCUCUCCAUCCUUAGAGAAUAAGCAUUGCUGUACACGGGAUAUGUGUUGCCCUGUGUUUCCGACUGGUUUUCCCGUGGCUUGCCUUCUACAUGCUGUGUCCUGAAUCCAGUGGAGCUGCACGAGGCCCGCAUUCUUGGCCAGCUCCUCCCUGGUGUCUGUCGCAGGCUGUGUCCUGUCCUGCCGCAUGUUAAUAUCUGUUCUCUCCUAUAAUAAACACUUCCUGACCCAUU